GAGGGCGGCCUCGCAGCCAGCCGGGGAGCAGGAGCUCUCUGCCCACACCGAGGCAAAAAACCUGAACGCCCAACAGCUGGGAAGGAAGUACUUGAAGCUGUCCUGCUCCGGCCUGAAUACAGGGAGAGAAGCUUGUGUGUUGUCUGACUUGCACGUUCUUCGGAAACGUAUGUAUGCACAGCAGGUUCGAGCCUCUCUGGUAUGAUGAAACCAGGUGUCUUUAAUAUAUGUUUGAGGGAGAAGAAGAGGGCAUGAGCGCCCCAGAGCCUCAAAAAGCAGGUUUUAGAGGGGUUGUGGUUGUAGUGGCGGCAGUGAAGUGUCUUCUCCUGUCAGUUCCAGCAAGUUUUUUAACUAGAAUGCAUUCUGCCUGAAAGGGAAAAAGUGGCAUUGAUUUUUAGUUUGAACACCGUACAGAAUUCAGGUUUCCUGCAAAUCGGCAUCAUUAACAUUGGGGAAAAUUUUCUCAGAUUCUGCUGAGAAUAAGCUGCCUCAUUGUUGUUUGUAAUAACACUGCUUCAAGAAUCCAGAAGCAGAUCAUAAAUUAAUUUUGUUCUGCUUCUGUUCAGUGCAAGAUGAAAUACUUCAUUGUUUCUCAAAGUUUUUGCACUGUUGAUGACCUUACAUUAAUGCAGGUGACAUGCUGUACUGCCUAAUCUACACACUUUAAAGCUUCAGCUCUCGGUACUGGUUAGCCUAAUGUUGGGUCUUGAUGCUGCCUUAAAUAGACUGCCUCAAUUUAUGUGCUUAUUCUAAAAGAACUAAUAGCAGAGGGAGGCACGUGAAGGGAAAGGGUCGAUAUUCCUUCCUCUGAGAUUUGUGAGGCAUUGUACACUUGGUGAAAUUGGUAUAGAAUCUCCUCCAAAUUCUAGGAUUAAUGGAAAAAAAAUUACCUAUUUAAAAUAUCAAAAAAAUGAGACUAAAAUUGUGAGUAAAUGAGCUUGUAGACUCUACCAAAUGCUACGGAGGAUUUUCCUCGAUCUUCUUUCCUCAGGAGCUUAACUUCUAUCCUUUUUAUUCCAGAAGAGCACUUGAAAAUGAGAUUCUUCUAAGCCAGAAUACUUCUAGUAAAACCAGGAGAGGUCCCGUUUCUUAAUUUCAAGUUUAAGAUGAAUAAGCAGAUUGAUCUGAAAUAUGUUGCAUAAGGCUUUAGAAUAAAUUAGCCAGAAAUCACUUGAUAUUUUUGGUAGCACCAGUACGUUUAUAGUAAGUUCCAGACACUCAGAAAAGGAAAAUUUCCGCUGAAGAUUUUAGUCUGCAAGCGUGCUGCCCUUAAGGUUUUCUUCAUCUUUUAUGCUUAGUUAUUUCUGGGAUCAUGGGCUUAAUAUUUAAUCCUUGUUCCAGAGAACCACAGUAGAGUGGAAUAAUAGCAGACGUGACUCAAACUGUGACUUUACAGGUUGCCAACUAUUGCGCUGACCCGCUAUAGAAGCGUGUGUGCGAGGAAGCCGAAUAUACUGUGGGGGCAGAGGUGAAACACCACCGAAGUUAGGCAAUCUGUACGUUUUCCAGUAUUAAUCUGCUGGGUAUAACAGCGUGUGCUCCGUGUGUGCCAGCAGUCCGACACUUGUACCUCUCCUUCAAGCUCCAUUCAUCCGACCUUCCACCUAAUUGUGCCGUGUGCUUCCUAGGAAGUGCCUCCUCUAGGCAUGCAGAAGGGUGCAACUUUUGCAUAAAUUAAACUGGCUGAAAUAGUCUCCUGGAUCAGACGGGAAUCACUGAUUUAUUGCGUGCUGAGUGUUCUGUCUGGUGAAAGUCAUGUCAUCCAUCUUGCCAUUCACUCCUCCAGUUGUCAAGAGACUUCUGGGGUGGAAAAAAUCUGCUGGUGGCUCUGGAGGGGCUGGUGGCGGUGAGCAGAAUGGUCAGGAGGAAAAGUGGUGUGAAAAAGCAGUGAAAAGCCUGGUCAAGAAGCUGAAGAAAACAGGACAGCUGGAUGAGCUUGAGAAGGCAAUUACCACUCAGAAUUGCAAUACGAAAUGUGUGACUAUACCAAGCACUUGCUCUGAAAUUUGGGGACUGAGUACACCAAACACGAUAGAUCAGUGGGAUACAACAGGCCUUUACAGCUUCUCUGAACAAACCAGAUCUCUCGAUGGCCGACUACAGGUGUCUCAUCGUAAAGGAUUACCGCACGUUAUUUACUGUCGUUUGUGGCGCUGGCCAGAUCUUCACAGUCACCAUGAACUUAAAGCAAUUGAAAACUGUGAAUAUGCUUUUAAUCUUAAAAAGGAUGAAGUAUGUGUAAACCCUUACCACUACCAGAGAGUGGAGACACCAGUCUUGCCUCCUGUACUAGUGCCACGGCACACUGAGAUUCUAACAGAGCUUCCACCUCUUGAUGACUAUACCCAUUCCAUUCCUGAAAACACUAACUUUCCAGCUGGAAUUGAACCACAGAGCAAUUACAUACCAGAAACCCCACCUCCAGGAUACAUCAGUGAAGAUGGAGAAACAAGUGACCAGCAGUUGAACCAAAGCAUGGAUACAGGAUCUCCAGCAGAGCUGUCUCCUAGUACUCUCUCCCCAGUUAAUCAUAGCCUGGACUUGCAACCAGUUACUUAUUCAGAGCCUGCAUUCUGGUGUUCAAUAGCAUAUUAUGAAUUGAAUCAAAGAGUGGGAGAAACCUUCCAUGCAUCACAACCUUCCCUGACUGUAGAUGGUUUUACAGAUCCAUCAAAUUCAGAACGAUUUUGUCUAGGUCUGCUUUCCAAUGUAAACAGAAAUGCUACAGUGGAAAUGACAAGGCGACACAUAGGAAGGGGAGUACGCCUCUAUUACAUCGGUGGAGAAGUUUUUGCUGAGUGCCUAAGUGAUAGCGCAAUUUUUGUUCAGAGCCCGAACUGUAAUCAAAGAUAUGGCUGGCAUCCUGCAACUGUGUGCAAAAUUCCACCAGGAUGCAAUCUAAAAAUCUUCAAUAACCAAGAAUUUGCUGCUCUUCUGGCUCAAUCUGUGAAUCAGGGUUUUGAAGCAGUUUAUCAGCUUACUAGAAUGUGUACCAUAAGAAUGAGUUUCGUUAAAGGAUGGGGAGCUGAAUACAGGCGGCAAACAGUAACAAGCACUCCUUGCUGGAUUGAACUUCAUCUGAAUGGACCUCUACAAUGGCUGGACAAAGUAUUGACUCAGAUGGGCUCCCCUUCAGUACGCUGUUCCAGCAUGUCGUAAAACUCCUUUCUCCGUUACCAGUGGGCUGAAUACCGAGUCCAAUCAACAGACUUAAUAUAACAGCUCAUCUGUCGUAGUAUCUGUGUGUGGUCCCCAUGAACUGUUUACUAUCCAAAAAGGUUUUUAAAAAAAAAAAAAAAAAACAGCACUUGAGGUCUCAUCAAUUAAAGCACCUUGUGGAUUCUGUUUCCUAUACUCUGAUACUAGAUGAAAACUUAGUGUAUAGAAAUGCCUUCUUCAGAAAGAAGGGACAGUUCUAAAGACUCUUAAUGGUGUUUUUAUUGGGUAUAUAAUUGAGUGUCCUAAUGGUUUAUCAAUAACAUGAAUAGCUAAGUAUAUGUACAGGUAAUGUAUCAUGAUCUCAGAUAUCACAGUAUUGUGCUGUUCUACAUUUUAGUUCCCAUAAACAGAUGUUUGGUUUGUUUUUUGAUUGGGGCAAGUCUCUCAAAAUUCCAAGACUCUACUCCUUUAUUCUUUUGUAUUUUUUAUAUAAGCAGGUUUUCAAGUUGUCCUAAACAUAAAAAAAAAAAAAAAAGAGCAGACUUUCCUUGUAGAAAAGCUUAACUUUUUGCUGCCUUCUUAAAGAAAAAAAAUCCCUCCAUUAGAAGGGAAAGAAAUGUCUGAGAUUUAUCUGUGAAAUCUUAAGACACUUUAUAUGCUUAAUGGGGCCUAAAAUGAAUUCAUACUGUAAAUUCCAAGUAUCCAUCACACUAGGAGUCUACUUUUCCCUACUCAUCUGAGUUGAUGCAUCUGUUGCCAGCAAUAAUGCUGGCACUGAUUUAUUUGGGACUUUUUUGUACAUUGAAUCAUUGAAAUCAAUACUUUUUUUUUCUCAUGGAGUGAGAAUUUACCAUGGUAUUGGAUACUGGAUUAAACACACAAGGUUAUUGGCUUACCCCUUACAUCUGUAUGUUUUCAUUAAACAGAUGUCACUGAAAAAAAACCCCUUGGUUUUAGUUUUUGGAGCCAAAUACCUUAAAAUCCUUUUCCAGGGUAAACUAGACUCUUUCGUAUAGGUUCUAAAUAGAUGCAGCUUCUUAAGAUAUUUCAGUAACAGAACUUAAAUUUCUGAUCUGAGUGGCUUUGUAUAGCUUACUUACAUACCAGAUCAUAUGCAUUCAUUAUGUCAUAAUGGGCCUUGUUAAUAAAAGUAGUUGCUUCUGCAAAACCUCUAGGAUAGUGGUUGCUGAGGUAUGACCAGCGGAGGAGGACUUCUAGGUUCUUCGUGACAGUGCAUGUUAUUGUGAACCCUUGGACACUACAGCUGCACCAUAUUAAAAAUAUUCUGAAAUAUAUUCUACAAAUAAGUCUGGGUUGGGGAAGGGUUGGGAAACUGUAUAGAAGGGUUAUUCUGACUUGAAAAAUAUACAUCUUACUAACAAUCUUGUGAUCUAGCUGUCUGUCAUUCUUUUGUUAUUGUGGCAGUAGCAGGAUUGCCUUUGUCUGUUUUUUUUUUCCCAUUGUUUCAUCCAUUACACUAGUACUGUACUUUGUAAGUACAGCUAGUGAUAACUUAGCUUUGAGAACAAAAAUGUGGCCAGUGUUACAGCUUUUAAUCAGUUGACUGAAUUGAUGAUAGCGAUGGAUAUUUUUAUGCCAUAAUGACUAGGGCAUAGAAGCAAUACCAAAAAUCAAGCCUUGAAAAAGUGGGCCAGACACCUUUUCAAAAUUGGCAAAGCGGUUACCAGUUUGUGCUAGUUUUACCAGUAGACUAAUGUAUUGGUAGAACUUGUGAACCUAAGAAAUAAGCUUCAUGCGCGUUGCAUUUGCCUAAUAUGUGAAUACACUAAUAAAAGUUUUAAUUCUCA